CUCUCUCUCUCUACACACACUCUCUCUACUUGUAUAGAUAUAUAUGUAGAUUUCUCUCUCUAUACUUCUGUGUGUGGAGGGUUUCUUUCAAGAAGUGAAGUCUUGCAGGAUUACAAGCUUCAACCAUGUCAAUCUCAAUCUUUGAAGCCUGCAAGAAGAGGAAAAGAAAGCCAAAGCUCUUCGGACUCCAGACGUUUGGGAACCCGGGUUACCCGAUCACACACUCGGGUCCAUUUCGCGACAGCGUUCAGUACUUUCUUCAAGAAUGUGCCGAGCUCGAGGACUACAAUGUCGAAGGUAUGCCCAUUUGGUGCACAAUGCUUGUCCAUGAGAACAGAGGCUUCGUUUUUCCUCUGUACGCCAUUGAAGAGAGUGUCAAGAACUCAAUGCGACCCUUCUGUGAUCACUGCCGAUGCGCUGGUUGGAGUCAUCAUUUUGUGUCGAAACGAAAGUACCAUUUGAUAAUUCCAGUGGAUGAUGAGUGGAGGAAUCCACUCAAUGAAGGUGUUUUCGAUCUCGAAACCCACCUCUUGCAUGGGUUGAUUCACAGCAAUGGGUUUGGUCAUCUGAUCUGUAUCAAUGGAAUCGAAGGCGGGUCUAAGUACCUCUGCGGAAGAGAAAUCAUGGAUCUCUGGGAUCGAAUCUGCACAAAUCUUCAUGCCCGGAAAAUUUCAUUGGAGGAUGUGGCCAAGAAGCAAAUGAUGGAUCUUCGGCUGCUCUAUGGGGUCACUUAUGGUAAUUCGUGGUUCGGUAGAUGGGGCUACAAGUUCUGCCAUGGAAGCUAUGGAGUGAAUAAGCACAAUUAUGAAAGCGCAAUCGAUGUUCUGAGUUCGUUGGAACUCGAUAAGAUCAUCAAAGAUUUUGCUCAUACAAAGCAAUGCAGAGAUGUCAAGCAGAUCAUUGGUUGCUACAGAGAUUUGAGCAAAACCCAAUUGAUCACAAUCAGAGAUAUUCUCAGAUUCAUUCUUAGUCACAAGUCUCGAGUUCUGCUGCAGAGAAAGCCAGUGGUCACGGCCACUGUCUUGUUGUCUCCUCCAAAGCCUUCGACGAGAACUUCCCAGCAAACCAAGGCUGUGGCAAAGCAAAGAGCUGUGAAGUGCCAAAGAUUUUCCACCGUAGCAGCCAAUUUGGACAGUCGUUGGUCUAUGAGGAGACUCGAAUAUACUGCAAAUGUGAUCGUCGAUGCAUUGAAGGAAAAGAGAGAACAAAGUGGUUCUAGCCAUUGUGGAAUGACCAGGCAGGAAGCACGAGAUGCAGCUCGCCUGCACAUUGGUGACACCGGUUUGAUUGACUACGUGCUGAAAUCCAUGAAGAAUGUGAUUGUAGGAGGUUACAUUGUUCGUCGUGUGGUGAACUUAUCUACCCGGCUUCUGGAGUUCUCAAUUCAGGAGGUAGGGAAGGGUGUUGAGGUCAAUGAGCCGGAACCAAAAAUUGUUUCACAGCCCCUUCCCAUCUCAGCUAUAACGCCCGGGAUUGAUGCUUACAGUGAUGUGGCCUAUUUGUACACUACUGUGCUAUUGGGGUACCCUGAAUCCCAAGUGUUUGAAUUGGCUUCUCAAACAAUUCUGAACAGCAAGCAUUUUGUGAAGGAGUGGCCUUUUAAGGAUCUAGAUGAUGACUUGUUGAGAUUCAUUUGCCGCGUAAUGCCAAGUUUGAGCAUUUUGGAAAAUGAGGCGACAAGUAAAUUUCCACCCGGUGAGUAUAUUGUGGUUCCACUGCAUGCUACAAUUGGGGAUUUGAAGGAAGCGGUGCAGAGUGCAAUGAGGGACACCUACUGUGUCAUGGAGAAGUUAGUGGUGACGGAUAUUGAAGGAAUGGAGGGAUUUGAGGACAGAGAAGUGCUGUUUGGUGCGGUUGAGUCAGGUUCAGAGCUGUUGCUGAGAGGAAGGGGGUUGGAUUUGUGCGACGAGUUUAAGUUUGAAGGUGGGCCUGACAACUGGACAGUCAUAUGCAAGUGUGGUGCGCGCGAUGAUGAUGGGGAGAGGAUGGUGUCGUGUGACAUAUGUGAGAUGUGGCAGCACACUCGCUGCAGUGGCAUUGGAGAUGAUGAAUCUGUGCCGCCACUGUUUGUGUGUGAUGGAUGCUGUGCGUCGUUAAUGCCCCCCAGUACACAGCCUUUCUUAGAGUUACAGUACUUGGAGGAUUCAAUGUUUCUUCCAGAAUAUGAGCCCGGGAUGGAAUUCCUGUACUAAGGGAGGAUUCUGGCAACUACUGUAUUAAGUGAGGUUUUUGUAGCUCAUUUUGGUUUUUUCUUCUUGUUGUAAUAGAUUCUAGUGAUAAACAAAUGUAAGUAACAUGUAUGAUUCUGUCAAAUCUUAGUUACAGUUUCUUU